GUCUGCGGUGCCGUCAACAUGAAAUUAUUAAGUUCUAUCAAUAUGCAUCAGCUAAAGCAAAUCAGAAGCUACAGUGCAGCAGCUCAAAACUUCCGAGCGAUUUUACAGACACAAUUGGAUGACAUUAAAGCUGCUGGAACCUUUAAAACUGAAAGAGUCAUCACGUCUGCACAAAAAUCUCAAAUAACGGUCGAUGGAAUUCCGAAAAAAGUGAUUAAUUUCUGUGCUAAUAACUACUUAGGUCUUAGUGCCAAUGACGACAUUAAAAAUUAUUCCAAGGAAAUGGUUGACAAGUACGGACAUGGAUUAAGUUCUGUUAGAUUCAUUUGUGGAACUCAGAACAUCCACAAAGAAUUGGAAACUAAAAUCUCUCAGUUUCAUCAACGUGAAGAUGCAAUCCUUUAUGCUGCAUGCUUUGACGCAAAUGCUGGUGUUUUUGAAGUCAUUUUGACACCUGAAGAUGCAGUCUUUUCAGACGAACUGAAUCACGCGAGUAUUAUUGACGGACUGAGACUGUGUAAGGCACAAAAGCAACGAUACCUACACAGAAAUAUGAAUGACCUUGAAGAGAAAUUAAAAGCAUCAGACGCAAGAGUUAAAUUAAUUGUAACAGACGGAGUAUUUUCUAUGGAUGGAAAUAUCGCCCCUCUGCCUGAAAUCAUUAAUUUGGCAAAAAAAUACAAUGCGAUCACAUUUGUUGAUGACUGCCAUGCAACUGGAUUCUUUGGAAAGACAGGACGUGGAACUGAGGAGUAUUAUGAUAUGAUGGGAUCUGUGGACAUCAUUAAUUCUACUUUAGGAAAGGCGUUGGGUGGUGCUAUGGGUGAAAUCUUUACUGAAUGCACUCUCGAUGCAAAAACCCUUUCUGAACGCACUCUUGAUCCAGAAAUUUUUCCUGAAUACACUUUUGAUUCAAAAACCUUCUCUGAACGCACUCUUGAUCCAGAAAUCUUUACUGAAUGCACUCUCGAUGCAAAAACCCGUUUUAAACGCACUCUUGGUACAGAAAUCUUUACUGAAUACACUUUUGAUUCAAAAACCUUCUCUGAACGCACUCUUGAUCCAGAAAUCUUUACUGAAUGCACUCUCGAUGCAAAAACCCGUUUUAAACGCACUCUUGGUACAGAAAUCUUUACUGAAUACACUUUUGAUUCAAAAACCUUCUCUGAACGCACUCCUGAUCUAGAAAUCUUCACUGCAUGCACUCUCGAUGCAAAAACCCUAUCUGAACGCACUUAUGAGCCAGAAAUUUUUCCUGAAUACAAUUUUGAUUCAAAUACCCUUUCUGAACGCACUCUUGAUCCAGAAAUCUUUACUGAAUGCACUCUCGAUGCAAAAACCCGUUUUAAACGCACUCUUGGUACAGAAAUCUUUACUGAAUACACUUUUGAUUCAAAAACCUUCUCUGAACGCACUCCUGAUCUAGAAAUCUUCACUGCAUGCACUCUCGAUGCAAAAACCCUAUCUGAACGCACUUAUGAGCCAGAAAUUUUUCCUGAAUACAAUUUUGAUUCAAAUACCCUUUCUGAACGCACUCUUGAUCCAGAAAUCUUUACUGAAUGCACUCUCGAUGCAAAAACCCGUUUUAAACGCACUCUUGGUACAGAAAUCUUUACUGAAUGCACUCUCGAUGCAAAAACCCUAUCUGAACGCACUCUUGAGCCAGAAAUUUUUCCUGAAUACAAUUUUGAUUCAAAAACCCUUUCUAAACGCACUCUUGAUACAGAAAUCUUUACUGAAUGCACUCUCGAUGCAAAAACCCUUUCUGAACGCACUCUUGAUCCAGAAAUUUUUCCUGAAUACACUUUUGAUUCAAAAACCUUCUCUGAACGCACUCUUGAUCCAGAAAUCUUUACUGAAUGCACUCUCGAUGCAAAAACCCGUUUUAAACGCACUCUUGGUACAGAAAUCUUUACUGAAUACACUUUUGAUUCAAAAACCUUCUCUGAACGCACUCUUGAUCCAGAAAUCUUUACUGAAUGCACUCUCGAUGCAAAAACCCGUUUUAAACGCACUCUUGGUACAGAAAUCUUUACUGAAUACACUUUUGAUUCAAAAACCUUCUCUGAACGCACUCCUGAUCUAGAAAUCUUCACUGCAUGCACUCUCGAUGCAAAAACCCUAUCUGAACGCACUUAUGAGCCAGAAAUUUUUCCUGAAUACAAUUUUGAUUCAAAUACCCUUUCUGAACGCACUCUUGAUCCAGAAAUCUUUACUGAAUGCACUCUCGAUGCAAAAACCCGUUUUAAACGCACUCUUGGUACAGAAAUCUUUACUGAAUGCACUCUCGAUGCAAAAACCCUUUCUGAACGCACUCUUGAUCCAGAAAUUUUUCCUGAAUACACUUUUGAUUCAAAAACCUUCUCUGAACGCACUCUUGAUCCAGAAAUCUUUACUGAAUGCACUCUCGAUGCAAAAACCCGUUUUAAACGCACUCUUGGUACAGAAAUCUUUACUGAAUACACUUUUGAUUCAAAAACCUUCUCUGAACACACUUUUGAUCCAGAAAUCUUUACUGAAUGCACUCUCGAUGCAAAAACCCGUUUUAAACGCACUCUUGGUACAGAAAUCUUUACUGAAUACACUUUUGAUUCAAAAACCUUCUCUGAACGCACCCUUGAUUCAGAAAUCUUUACUGAAUGCACUCUUGGUGAAAAUACCUUCUCUGAACGCACUUUUGAUCCAGAAAUCUUUACUGAAUGCACUCUCGAUGCAAAAACCCUUUCUGAACGCACUCUUGAUCCAGAAAUCUUUACUGAAUGCACUCUUGGCUACACAUGCGGACCAAAAGAAGUGAUUCAACUUUUAAGACAAAAAUCUCGUCCAUAUCUCUUUAGUAAUUCUCUAUCACCAGCAAUUGUUGGAGUAGGCAUAAAAGUCAUGGACAUGCUUCUCGCACCAAAUGAUUUCAUAGGAAAUUUACAAAAGAACACAAGAAAGUUUAGAGAUGGAAUGACAAAAGCUGGAUUUACGAUUUCAGGUGAAGAUCAUCCAAUAUCUCCAGUCAUGCUUGGUGAUGCUAAAUUGGCACAAGAUAUAUCAAAUGAGCUAUUGAACUAUGGAAUUUAUGUUAUUGGAUUUAGCUUCCCAGUCGUUCCAAAAGGCAAGGCUAGGAUUCGAGUACAAAUCUCUGCAGCACAUACAGAAGAAGAGAUUGAUCAGGCAAUUAAUGCAUUUAUUGAAGUUGGAAAGAAGUUUAAUGUGAUCAAGUGAAUUUUAACUAUCUAGUUACUGCAUUUAUACCUAAAUCUCUAAAAAUUAAACAUCCAAAGAUUUUUUUAAUUAUAAUAAAUGUCUCAAAAUUGUCAAAAGA